AUGUCCAACCUCACGCAACGCGCCGGCAAGGGCGGGGCGGCCGCAGAGGCCAUGCUCGAGGAGAAGCGCAAAGGACUCCAGCAGUACAAGGACGACGACGGGCACUUCUCGCUUGUCCGCAACUUCCGCCUUGCCGACCUGAUCACAAUUAUGAAUGGCGUCUGUGGCACGCUCUCGAUCAUGAGCGCGGCGCGGUACCUCAUCCUCUCGUCCAACCUCCCGUCCCCGCCUUCUAAGGAGGCGUACAAGUGGCUGUACUUUGCGCUCAUUCUCCCGAUGGCAGGUUUCGGCUUUGACGCGCUCGACGGCAAGGUCGCGCGCUGGCGUGGCGGCGGCUCCCUCCUCGGUCAGGAGAUGGACUCGCUCGCCGACCUCGUCUCCUUUGGCGUUGCGCCAGCCACUCUGGCCUUCACGCUCGGCAUGCGCACGCAUCUCGACAUUGUCUGCCUCCUCCUCUUCGUUUCUGGUGGCCUCGCCCGCCUGGCACGUUUCAACGCCACCGUUGCAUUGCUCCCUGCCGACUCGAGUGGCAAGUCCAAGUACUUUGAGGGUCUGCCGAUCCCGUCGUCGUUGUUCCUCACAGCCAGCAUGGCUGGGUGCGUCCGCCAGGGCUUCUUCGCGCUCGGCAAGCACGCCGACUUGCCUCUGGGCGUUGUGCGGCUGUGGGGUGAGGGUCUCGAGGGUCACGGCGAUGGCGACGUGCACCUGACCGCGAUCGUGUUCGCCCUCUGGGCCGCAGCCAUGGUUUCCAAGACGCUCCGGAUCCCGAAGUUGUAA